AUGGCUGACUCCAACGCCACUGCGGCCCCUGCUCUCAGCACGCCUAUUGAGAGCCACAAGUUCGAUGAGAAGGAACGCCCCGUCGACGCUCCUCCCGCCAACCCCAAGGUUGAGGCCGACGAGGAGGAGGAUGAGGACAUUGACGCCCUGAUCGAGGACCUCGAGUCCCAGGAUGGUCAUGUCGACGAGGAGGAAGAGGAGGAUGGAACUCCCGGCAUGGGUCGCGUCGUGCCCGAAGAGCAGCUCCAGACCGACACCCGUCUUGGUCUCACUGAGCAGGAGGUUCUCAACCGCCGCCGCAAGUGGGGCCGCAACGAGAUGGCUGAGCAGAAGGAGAACUUGAUCCUCAAGUUCUUCAUGUUCUUCGUUGGUCCCAUUCAAUUCGUCAUGGAGGCCGCCGCCGUCCUGGCUGCUGGUCUUGAGGAUUGGGUCGAUUUCGGUGUCAUUUGCGGUCUUUUGCUGCUCAACGCCGCCGUUGGUUUUGUUCAGGAAUUCCAGGCUGGAUCUAUUGUCGCCGAACUCAAGAAGACCCUUGCGCUCAAGGCUGUCGUCCUCCGUGACGGUACCCUGAAGGAGGUCGAGGCCCCCGAAGUCGUCCCUGGUGAUAUUCUUCAGGUUGAGGAGGGCACCAUCAUCCCCGCUGAUGGUCGCAUCGUCACCGAGGAUGCCUUCCUUCAGGUCGACCAGUCCGCCAUCACUGGUGAGUCUCUGGCCGUCGACAAGCACCGCAACGAUAACUGCUACGCCUCUUCCGCCGUCAAGCGUGGUGAGGCUUUCAUCAUCGUCACCGCCACUGGUGACAACACCUUCGUCGGUCGCGCCGCCGCUCUCGUCAACGCUGCCUCCGCCGGCUCUGGUCACUUCACUGAGGUCCUGAACGGCAUCGGUACCAUUCUCUUGGUCCUUGUCAUCUUCACCCUGCUCAUCGUCUGGGUUUCCUCCUUCUACCGCUCCAACGGCAUUGUCGACAUCCUCCGCUUCACCCUCGCCAUUACCAUCAUUGGUGUCCCCGUCGGUCUUCCUGCCGUCGUCACCACCACCAUGGCCGUCGGUGCUGCCUACCUUGCCAAGAAGAAGGCCAUUGUCCAGAAGCUCUCCGCCAUCGAGUCCCUUGCUGGUGUCGAGAUUCUCUGCUCCGACAAGACGGGUACCCUCACCAAGAACAAGCUCUCCCUGGCCGAGCCUUACACUGUCGCCGGUGUCGACCCCGAAGAUCUCAUGCUCACUGCCUGCUUGGCUGCUUCCCGCAAGAAGAAGGGUAUGGACGCCAUCGACAAGGCUUUCCUCAAGUCUCUCCGCUACUACCCCCGCGCCAAGUCGGUUCUGUCCAAGUACCAGGUUCUCGAGUUCUUCCCCUUCGACCCUGUCUCCAAGAAGGUUACUGCUCUCGUCCAGUCCCCCGCUGGUGAGCGCAUUACCUGCGUCAAGGGUGCUCCCCUCUUCGUCCUCAAGACUGUCGAGCAGGACCACGAGAUCCCUGAGGAGAUUGACCAGGCCUACAAAAACAAGGUUGCCGAGUUUGCUACCCGCGGUUUCCGCUCUCUCGGUGUUGCCCGCAAGCGUGGCGACAACGGUGCUUGGGAGAUUCUCGGAAUCAUGCCCUGCUCUGACCCCCCCCGCCACGACACCGCCCGCACCGUCAACGAGGCCAAGUCUCUCGGUCUGUCCAUCAAGAUGUUGACUGGUGACGCUGUUGGUAUCGCCCGUGAGACUUCCCGCCAGCUCGGUCUCGGCACCAACAUCUACAACGCUGAGCGCCUCGGUCUCGGUGGUGGUGGUGACAUGCCCGGCUCCGAGGUUUACGACUUCGUUGAGGCUGCCGAUGGUUUCGCCGAGGUCUUCCCCCAGCACAAGUACAACGUCGUGGAGAUUCUCCAGCAGCGUGGCUACCUCGUUGCCAUGACUGGUGACGGUGUCAACGAUGCCCCCUCCCUGAAGAAGGCUGACACCGGUAUCGCCGUCGAGGGCGCCUCCGACGCUGCUCGCUCCGCCGCCGACAUUGUCUUCCUUGCCCCCGGUCUUGGUGCCAUCAUUGACGCCCUGAAGACCUCUCGCCAGAUUUUCCACCGCAUGUACGCCUACGUCGUCUACCGUAUCGCCCUGUCCAUCCACUUGGAGAUCUUCCUCGGCCUGUGGAUUGCCAUCCUCAACCGUUCCCUGAACAUUGAGCUUGUCGUCUUCAUUGCCAUUUUCGCCGAUAUCGCCACCCUGGCCAUCGCUUACGACAACGCCCCCUUCUCCAAGAGCCCCGUCAAGUGGAACCUGCCCAAGCUCUGGGGUAUGUCUGUUCUCCUCGGUAUCGUCCUCGCCGUCGGUACCUGGAUCACGGUCACCACCAUGUACGCCCACGGCCCCAACGGUGGUAUCGUCCAGAACUUCGGUAACCUCGAUGAGGUUGUCUUCCUCCAGAUCUCCCUCACCGAGAACUGGCUCAUCUUCAUCACCCGUGCCAACGGUCCCUUCUGGUCCUCCAUCCCCUCGUGGCAGCUUGCUGGCGCCAUCUUUGUCGUCGACAUCCUCGCCACCUGCUUCACCAUCUGGGGUUGGUUCGAGCACAGCAACACCUCCAUUGUUGCCGUUGUCCGUAUCUGGAUCUUCUCCUUCGGUGUUUUCUGCGUCUGCGCCGGUGUCUACUACCUCCUCCAGGACAGCACUGGCUUCGACAACCUCAUGCAUGGCAAAUCGCCCAAGGGUAGCCAAAAGCAGCGCUCUCUCGAGGACUUUGUCGUUUCCCUGCAGCGUGUCUCCACCCAGCACGAGAAGUCGCAGUAA